UUAUUGACGUAUUUGCUACGGAGCAUAACAAAGAUGGCGACAAUAACGUCAAUAGCGCGGUACACAUCCACCCCAAGAGACAUGUGGAGCAUUAACGUAGCCAUUGGAAAAACAUUUGCACCGGAAGACGUCAUCAUAAAAGCCGUGAACAAUGAUCUAGAAAUUAUUGCGGAGAAAUGGUCGCCGAACGGGACGGAUUUACUAGCAAGUUUCAAACACCAAUGUCAUUUACCAGACGAAGUUGACGCAAAAACCAUCACUACCCAAUUAUUACCCGGAGGAAAAUUGAUGCUCAAAGCCCGAAAAGUCUCGAACUAAAUAUUAAAAGUCACUACCGGUUCUUGAAUGAACAAUUUUUGCAAAUCGAUAAAACGAACUGAUAAGACAAUUUUGCCCUGAAUGCCCAAACAUGUCGACAUUUUUUACUAUACAGUAUACCAUUGUCAUAUUUCGCCAAUUUCUGACUACAAUUUUAGUUUCAGAGGGUGUAAUAACGGCCUUGCAGUUCACGUACCGUGUUUUCUCGACAAUAAGACCUAGUCGAUAGCCCAAUUUUUUUUUGGCCUUAGUCGAUAGCAACAAAUCUUAGAUCAAUCAUUUAAAAUGUGUGAGAGAGGAAAAGGUUCAAUGACAUGAGGCAACGUGAAGAUCACGCCACAUUCAUAAUUUAUAUAUUUGAAAAUCUCGUAAUUCGCUACUUUAUAAUUGCGUUCUUGAUACAUGAAAAUAGAAGCCCUAGUGUUACUUUUCGAAAGAAAAUUGAAGUGAGAAUCUGUCUUAUUUUCGGGGAAACACGGUAUUACGGCUACAAAAAUUGCCCCGUGUAGCGAAGUUUUUCCAUUUCGACGUGUGCAUGGGACAUAUUUCUGGGCAAAGUAUGUCAUAGGAAAAAAAAGUUUUUUAAUUGAAUUUCAUGUUUUCCAGCCUACCACAUUCAGAAUGAGAUUUUGGUUAAAUUGAAAUUGGCAAUGAAGAGAAAUACAUAUGUUUGCUUGAUGAAUUUAUCGCCUGUUAUUGUUUCAUAACUAACCUACAGUGGCUGGUUAAACUGAAAAGUACCCAUAAACUGAAUCCUCUCAUGACUUCGUUUACUAUUUCUCAACAUAACCGUUUGAAAGUUACAAUGGUACACCAAAAGGCCAUUUUUCGUUCAUAUUCCAUAUCAAUAGUUUCUAGAUUGUAAACGAUUUGUACAAUUUUGGGUAUUCCCGUAGUGUGUGUACCAGGUUAGGGUUAGGCAAAAAUUUUAUUCCGAUUUUCAUUAUUUUAGUUCUAUUACGAAUUCGGGGACUGUCUGUGUUAAUCAAGUGAAUCCACCCCCUGCCCAUAGGUUUCAGUCCCUUUACACAACUUUAUGUAAAGUAGGCGAACAAAAUUAGUUACCUCCAUAUUGGUACACAUACUUCUGGCGCGCCCAAUUUUGAGUAUAUAUAAUAAACAGUUUGCAGUACAAGAAUAUUCAGUGUUAAAUUUAUGUACUCGUGAGUGACCUUUAUCCUGUGAUAUCAUUCUCUGUUUUAACAUUGUCAUUUAGAAAUAAACUUGAAAUGCACUUUGAAAUGA